CUAUCGUUUACGUCAUGUUCACUAAUGAUUAAGUAACGGUUCAAAGCAAAUAUUGUUAUCACGGUUCGUCCCGUAACAUUAGAAUUACGCGGAAAGGAAAUUGUAAUUUUUUAAACCUAGACUAUAUUUUUUUGUAUUCAAGUAUAUUUCUUAACUUUUUGACUGUUAAAAAUGUAAAGUUCACACGUUUUUACAUAUAUUUCUACCUAAAUAUUCUUUUGAUACACCAGUUUUCACUUCAAUUGUUCUUAUCACAGAUAAGUAUUUUUAUUAGUACAUUAUACUUAAUUUAAUUUAUAUUUUUUCAGGAAAAAACUUGUUUGAAUGUGGUUAUUGAAUAAACAUUAAGUAUUUACAUGAUUUAGGUCUUAUUAAGUGGGCAAAUGCAUGCCAGUAUGAAAAAUAGAUUAUAUGAUGUUAAGGUAAAUUAUGUAAGUUUUCUUUUAAUUUAAGUACUCAUAAUAUUUAUGUUUUGAUUAUUACAGACUGCCUUCUACAAUAAAACAAUUAUGGAUGCAAACUUUACAUGUCCAACUGGCCAAACCAAAUUCCACCACAAUAUAGUUUCUUUGCUACUACAUGGACAUACAAAUUUAUCUGUGACAGACAUAUCAUGUAGCUGGUCAAAAAGGCCCGUUAAAGCCAUUGAAGAAGUUACUACUAUUUUUGUAGUAGCUAUAAUUUUUAAGCUGUUUUUGAUAGUCAAAAAUUAGAUUUUGUAUGCUUGAGUUAAUUAUAACCUACACAAUAAACUGUAGGAUUUAAAUGGUUACUAAGUCCAGAACCUAUUGUUGAUGAUUUUAGAACAUGCUAUUCAUUCUAAAGAGUUUAAAACUUUCCAAAAUCGUAGAGUUAUGUUAUUAAAGUUUUGUAAUUUAUGUAUUGAAGAUGUCAAAGAUGUAUCAUAAAAAAACUAUUGGACUAUCUGAAAUAUUAAGUAGUGUCUAUAUCGUAAGUUUAGAUUAACUUCUAGUAAUUUCCAUAAAAUAAUUCACGUAUCAAAAAUAAAUUGUUAUUCUAACUCAUUAUUUAAAACAUUGUUAUGGUAGUAUAUAACAUAAGCAGUUAAAAAUGUUGAGUGGUGCAAAAAUUCAAGCUUAAUACAAUACAGGCAUUUGAAAAGAUACAAAUUUAAUUUUAUUAAAACAGGGAUUUAGUACAUGAAUCUGAAAUUUUAGGAGCUAGUGCUGAUAGAAUACUUCUCAAUGAUGACAUUGUGUAUUGUAUUAAAGUUAAGUGUCUCUACAAAUUUUAAAAUGAAAAUUUAGACAUUGCUCUUUCUAAAGCUAAAAAUUAUAUUAUUACAUUUGACACAC